CGGCCACUUGCUCGAACGUCACCCGCAGCACCUGUCCGGCGGCGAGCGCCAGCGCAUCGGCAUCGCCCGCGCAUUGCUUACCAGCCCGCGCUUACUGCUGAUGGAUGAGCCCCUGGCCGCCCUCGACAGCCAGCGCAAAAGCGAAAUCCUGCCGUACCUGGAACGCCUGCACGACGAGUUAGACAUCCCGGUGCUGUACGUCAGCCAUGCCCAGGAUGAGGUGGCGCGCCUGGCCGAUCACAUCGUGCUGCUCAGCGACGGCAAGGCCUUGGCCAGCGGUCCCAUCGGCGACACGCUGGCGCGCCUGGACCUGCCCCUGGCGCGUGGCGACGAAGCCGUUUGAUGGGCCCCGUGCGAGUAAUCGU